AUGCAUUCAUUCACAUCUACUUCAUCAGAUCAACACGGAGAACCUUAUUCUUCUUCAGUGUUUUUCAUAUGUUUCAGUAAAUAUCGGUUGCAUCGAUUGGUUGAAUACAAUCCGAAUUCUCUUGGUGUCUCAAUUCUUAAGCCAUUAUUAGGUGUAGACAAGCAUCUGAAACUUAAUUUACAGUCAUUUUUUACUAUGAAGUUUCCUAAGUUCGAAUUAUUAUUUUGUGUAAAGGAGAGACAUGACCCGGCUGUGAGUAUCGUUAAGCAGCUCAUGGAUAAAUAUCCAUUAAUAUCGUUUUCAUUUAUAGGUGGUGAAGAUGUUGGUUUGAAUCCGAAAAUCAACAAUUUGAUGCCAGCGUAUCGGAAUGCUAAGUAUCCGCUAGUUAUGAUAAGCGAUGCAUCCAUUACUAUGCGCGCUGACUCACUAAUGGACAUGGUGAACGCAAUGGAAGACAAUGUGGCAUUGGUGACGCAGGUGCCAUAUUGCAAGGACCGUGAAGGAUUUGCAGGAGCACUAGAACAGAUUUACUUUGGUACAAGUCAUGGUCGAAUAUAUCUUGCUGGUAAUUGUAUGCAAUUUGUCUGCUCGACGGGAAUGUCGUCGCUAAUGAGAAAGUUUGUGCUGGACGAUUGCGGAGGAUUGGCUGCAUUUGGCGACGUCCUAGCUGAAGACUAUUUCAUAGGAUUAGAGUUCAGUCGUGGUUGGUUGUCAGCGAUAUCUACUCAUCCAGCUCUACAGAAUGGUGCAGAGCCAUCGGUGGUGAAGUUUCAUGCGAGAAUCAGCCGAUGGAUGCAACUACGCAUUGCAAUGCUGCCGCAUAUGAUGCUUGUCGAACCUCUACAGGAUUGCUUCAUAUCUGGUCUGAUCGGUUGUUUCUCUGCUAAUCACCUAUUUGGGGUUAGCGCUACUAUUUACUAUGUGUUGCACUGUACUGCGUGGUUGUUGUGCGACUACGCGUUGAAUCGGUCUAUACAGAAUGGCCAACUACCAUAUCGCCUCUCGAGAUUCAUUCUGGCUUGGGCUCUUCGCGAGAUUUUGGCGCCCAUUAUCUACAUAAGAGCGAUUAUGACGCCCUGUAUACAAUGGCGAAAUGGCCGCUUUCGGUUACAUUGGGGUGGCAAGAUUAAGUCGUCCUAG